GACACGGGGACACGGGGAGGUGACAUGGGGACACGGGGAGCCACCACGGGGCCACACGGAGCUGACACAGGGACACACGGAGUGGACACGGAGCAUCAUGGAACUGACACUGGACCACACGGAGCCACCAUGGGGACACGUGGAGGUGACAUGGGGACAUACGGAGGUGACACAGGGACACGCAGAGCCACCAGUGGUCUUCAUGGAGGUGACACGGAGCCACACGGAGCCACCACGGGACCUCAUGGAGGUGACACGGGGACACCCGGAGCCACCACAGGACCUCAUGGAGGUGACACGGGGACACCCGGAGCUGACAUGGGGACAUGUGGAGGUGACACGGGGACACACGGAGCCCCCCUGGGACCUCAUGGAGCUGACACGGGGACACACGGAGGUGACACGGGGACACCCGGAGCCACCACGGGACCUCAUGGAGGUGACCCGGGGACAUGUGGAGCUGGUGUGGGGACACACGGAGGGGACACGGGGCCACGUGGAGGUGACACGGGGACCCACGGAACCACCACGGGGCCUCAUGGAGGUGACACGGGGACACAUGGAGGUGACACGGGGACACCUGGAGCCACCACUGGGCCUCAUGGAGGUGACCCGGGGACACCUGGAGCCACCACGGGACCUCAUGGAGCUGGUGUGGGGCCUCAUGGAGGGGACACGGGGACACGCGGAGCCCCCCCGGGGCU